AUGUCUUCUGUUACUGAUAGUAAGGUCUGUUCUCCAGAGUCUGAUACCAAGCCGCUACAAAGUACGGCAGCAGAUUUAGCCGCCCAGUGGCAAAACAAAGAAUCCAUAGACCAGAUACAGAAUGAAAUGCUUGAAGAUGAAGUGCUUAAACGAAUAGUUCAGGCUACAGCAUUAAUUAAGGAGGUUCAGAAGGAACGGAACGAAGAGAGUCCUGUGGCUUCUAUGGAUUGGGAUCGAUUAUAUGAUAUUUCAUCACACAUCAUGGACUCGUUCACUAAGGAGAUGGACGAAAUGGUGUGCCAGUUGAAUAACCUUUAUAAAAAACAUGUUCUAUGGCAAGAGGCGGCGUUUACAAUUGACUCCCAUAGAGGUGCUAUGAGGUUCGGAAAAGCAGAGUCUUGGAUGAAGGCAAAGGAAGCACACCUAGAGUAUAAGCGGAAGGAGUUGAACCAGUCUGCAAAGGUGAUUACAAGUGCGCUACAAAGCUUAUCUAAAGAAUAA